AUGGCCUCCAUGGCGGCGGCAAUCGCGGCCUCGCGCUCGGCAGUCAUGAACGGGAACCGGCCUCUGGACGACAAAGAAAGGAAGCGCUUCACAUACUUCUCAUCGCUGAGUCCCAUGGCCAGGAAGAUCAUGCAAGACAAGGAGAAGAUCCGCGAGAAGUACGGGCCCGAGUGGGAGCGGCUGCCCCCCGCGCAGCAGGACGAGAUCAUCGACCAGCACCUGGUGGGCCCGCACGUCCAGGCUCGCUACGCCGCUCACAGCUCCGGCGCCCUGGACCCUGCUCCCGCCGGCCUCCCUGGGCCGCGCGGGCCCACGGGCCAGAAGAUCGUACACUUCGGGGACGAGGACAUAACUUGGCAAGAUGAGCACUCUGCCCCUUUCUCCUGGGAAACAAGGAGUCAGAUGGAGUUCAGCAUCUCCUCUUUGUCGGUCCAGGACCCAGGCAGUGCUACGCAGGCCCUCAAGUCUUCCCAGGGCAACAAGCCCCCAGGUCCAGAUGUGCUGGGGUCCACACGGAAGGAGGAAGAGGCUGCCUUCUGGAAGAUCAACGCUGAGCGGUCCCGUGGUGAGGGGCCUGAGGCAGAAUUCCAGUCACUGACCCCCAGCCAAAUCAAGUCUAUGGAGAAGGGGGAGAAGGUCGUAUCUGCCUGCCAUCGACAGGAUCCUGCCCCAAAGGACAGGGAGACCCAGGCUGAGCAGCCUGGUGGCCCACAACAGGAGACACGCGACCUUUCUGGUUUGGGGGCCGAGUGUGAGAGACCUCUGCCCAUACAGGCAUCUGUUAGCCCACCAAGGGAGGCUGGCCUUGCCGAACCUCUGAGGAACCCACUUGCCCCUGAUGCCAGCCAGGAGGAUGCAGGAGACACUCUUUUCUCAGAGUCUGCGCCUAUGCAGGUCACCUCCAGCAAUGUCAUCUUGAAGACAGGAUUUGAUUUUCUGGACAAUUGGUAA